GAGGUUCCGGAAUCGUGCUGCAACUCGAGAGGGACGUCGACCAGAGUCUCGGAAUUCAUAUCGGCUCCCGCACUCUCAGAUCGAAGCAUAUUUGUGAAAUCAUCGAGGAAACUCUUCUUCGAUCGCCCUCUUCGGACUGGCUGAGGACUGCUCUCACCCGUUUCCUCUGCGAGGUGUCAACCCGGUGGAUCUCAGUUCGGUACCGAGGCAACGGAGAUUUUCGCGCGGAAGCAUGGUUUUAUCCCCUCCACCCAUGGAUCUCUCCCUCCAACAAAACCAACAGCACCGACAGCAACAGCAGCUGCAGUUUUAUCACCCACAGAGUCGAAGGGAAGACCUGCAACAGCAGUCAAAGGAUGACUCCAUGUCACCCGGUCUCCGAUUCACUGAAGUCCUCUUCGAGAGCCCACCGCCGCAUCGAGCGAUCGAGUCGGUCAAAAGUCUCGAAACGAAGAACGUCUCAAACAUUCACCGGAAACCCCCAUGCAGCUACAUCGCUCUGAUCGCGAUGGCCAUCAGGAGCGCACCAGAGCAGAGAAUCACCUUGAAUGGGAUCUACAAGUUCAUCAUGGAGAACUUCCCCUACUACAACGACAACAAACAGGGUUGGCAAAACUCGAUACGACACAAUCUUUCACUCAACGAUUGCUUCGUCAAAGUCCCUCGAGAGAGAGGCAAGCCCGGCAAAGGGAAUUACUGGACUCUCGACACGAAAGGCGAAGAAAUGUUCGAGAACGGGAACCUCCGAAGGCGCAAAAGGCGACCCAACUCAUCUGUUCGGCUCCGGAGCGUUCAAUUGCCCUUCAGCGAAGAAAGCCGAGUCCAUUUGGAGAGCCACAACGAAACAAAUAAUUCGAGCAUCAGAGAUUCGCGCCUCAGCGAUGAGCUUAAUCGUCUUUUCAUCACAGCAGACCCAGACACCAACAAGCCGCUAGACGACUUGGGUCUGGCUGCUCACUCGAAUUCCCUCGACGACUUCCGAAUACUGCAACAUCUGCAUCCGGAAGCUUCCCAGGGAGACCGAGCUCAACCGUCGAGCACGUCUCCAACCCUCGAGGGCUUGCCCCUCUUCCACAUACUCGCGAUUCAGGAACGGUUUCGCAGUAUUCUAUUACAACGCGUGUGUCCACAAAUCUCUGGAACCGAAGGUGCGUUCCACAUACCCCCACCAGAGAAACGGGCGUUCAAAUCUUUCAACAUUGAAGACAUAAUCCGUCCGCAUUCAAGUCCUAAUCGAUCGCAUUCUACCGCAGAACCAAUGAUAUCCGAAGUGAAUACUAGACUCCCCUUACAGUUUUACGAGUUUGCGACCCAUCAUUCACAUAGCCAGCAACAACCGCAUCUACAUCAGCAUGUAUUCCAUAAUUUCGGUGCUUUGUCUGAUUGA